AUGGAUGCAGAAGAGGCAAGCGUGAGCGUAUGGGCGCCUAAUGUACAGGAAGGAUUCAUUCUAUGCAAAAUUACUGACAUCGGGAGCGAAUGCCUUACACUUCAACCAAUAAACGGAUCAGAAACGAUUCAGGCAUUCUACGAGGAUGUAUUCCCAGCUGAAAAAAAUAAUCGGGAUGUCGACGAUAAUUGUAUAUUUUUUGCUAAAUUUUGA